CUGACGUAGUAUAACUAGGUAGUUUAAAAUUUAAAAUUACUGUUACUAAUAAUUUUACUAUAAAUUAUAACAUAUUAUGUGAAUUAAUUAUCAAAUUGUAAUCGCUAUUCUGAUUAGAAAUUAAAUUAACCUUAACGAAUAUGGCUGACCCAUCAAUUCAAACAUUUUGUUGCCGGAGAGCUCUUGAUUAUCAUCCGUCUUAUAAACUCAUGAAUGAAUUCAAUACAGACCGUUUUAAUAUGGUGUGUUUACUGUCUUCGAUAAUAGGUAUAACUGGUGCAGCAUACCAGAUAUUACCAAAAAUCGAGCUAAAAGUUCCAAAUAGAUUUUAUUCCAAUAUCAUGCGGCGAGGAAAAUAUAUUAUAAUGUGGUUAGCAAUAGCAGAUAUCUGUGCAUCAUUGGGUAUACUUUUAAGGUCUUGUUUAAAACUAAUGCAUCAUUUUCAAUGGUACGAUGGACAACCAUAUACAGUUUCUUGUAUAUUUUUAGCAGUUUGGAUUCAGUACUUUUACAUUGUAACUUGGUUUUGGACUUUGUCAUAUGCUGUAGACAUGUGGAGAGCAUAUCAAGAUAAACACUCUUGUAGAAAAUUAUAUCAUAUGGUUGCUUGGUCAAUUCCUGCCAUAUUUACAUUUAUUGGACUUUCUACUCUUUAUAGACCAAAUGCAAACUGUCACAAUUUGAGCCUCAAAGAAAAUAUUGUUAUGAAGUUCCUUCCAAAUUAUUUUUUUACGUUUUUGCCUGUCAUCGUUGUUAUGGUAGUCAAUCCAGUGCUCUAUUCUUUAUCCACUGGAUACAUAUACCACAUAAUAACUUCAUACAUGGCACAAUACUCAACAAAUGAACGGAAAAUGUUGGACUUAUUUAAACAGAGAUUUGCAUUAAUUAAUCUAGCAUUUUACUUGUGUUGGACACCCAAUUUAAUCAAUGCAGUAAUAGUUUGGACGUCUUGGGAUAAUCUACCAAAUGGUGUGAUGCUUACACUUUGGUAUCUAAUGGCUAUUUUGAAUCCUAUGCAAGCAUUUUUCAACAGUUUCCUCUAUAACUUACUUGAACAUACAGAGCAAAUCUGUUGUAAAUGUUUUGGUGCCCAAAGUCGAGUUCAAGAAAUGGUAGAAUGUAGACCUUUAUUAAUAGCUAAUGUAAAAGGUUCGUCAAAUUCAAAUGGUUAUGAAAUAAUUGAAUGAUUUAAAAUAACAAUUAAUAACUAAACCAAUACAAAUAUUUUUUUAAAAAAUAUUCAAGAUAUAUUUUGCAUUUAUAAGUAAUUUAAUGAAUUAUUAAUCCUAGAUUUUAUUUCUAUGAAUUUAUAAUAUUAGUAUGUAUUAUGUUUUUUUUAUUUUACCGUAAAGGUAUAUCAAUAAUUUAUACCUCUGAAUAAAACAUUUUUUUGUUUGGUAUUUUCAUUGUAUUAAUUUUUUAUUAUGUAUGUAAUUAAUAUACUUUUUAACAAUUGCAUUUACUAUUUUACUAUUAUAUUAGUACCUACACCUCAGACUGAGAAUAAAAUAUAUUAAUGUUAUUUUUGAAAUAUAUAUAGUCUACCUCUUUAUUAUAUUUUAUAUAUUAGAAAAUGAUAAUACAUCCAAAAUAUAAGUGUUAUAUCAAUAUUUUAUUUUAUUUCUUGUUUGUAUAACUUAUUUGAAUAUGUAUGUUUUUUUAUAAUUCAAUUGAACAAAAUUAUUAUAGCCUCAAAUAUUUAAUUAAAUCAGACUAAUUAAUGUAAAUUGUAACAU